AUGCGGCCGCUCUUCCUCGUCGCCGGUUUAGUUCUGCCGCUGCUGCUGCUCCGGUGGGCGCCUGUGCCGAGCCUCGCGUUGGCCCCGGUGUCCAGGACCAUCACCGUGGACCAGCGUGGAGGAGGGCAGUACACGACGGUGCAGGCGGCGGUGGACGCCGUGCCGGAAGGCAACAGCCGGUGGGUCAGGAUCUACGUCAAGCAAGGGAUCUACAGGGAGAAGGUGACGAUCCCAAGCCAGAAAGGCUUCAUCAUGCUCCAAGGCGACGGCCACUGGAAUACGGAGAUCAGCUUCGACGCGCACGCCUACGACAUGCUCGGCAUCGCCAACAUCACGGACUACUCGUCGACGUACACCAGCGCCACCUUCACCGCGCAGGCCGACGACUUCAUCGCCCGGAGCAUCUCCUUCAAGAACACGUACGGCGGCUUCGACCGCCCGGCGGUGGCGGCGCUGGUCGGCGGCGACCGGAGCGCCUUCUACGACUGCGCCUUCCGCAGCUACCAGGACACGCUCUGCGACUUCACCGGCCGGCACCACUUCCGCCGCUGCAUCAUCGAGGGCGCCGUCGACUUCAUCUUCGGCUUCGGCAGGUCCAUCUACGAGGAUUGCACCCUGCUGUCCAACAUGCCGGCGUCGUCCCGGCAGCCCGGCUGGGUGACUGCCCACGCAGCCGAACCCGGCAGCUACGCCGGGCUGGUGUUCAAGGGUGGCCGGAUCGUGGGUUCCGGCCGCCAGUUCCUCGGCCGCCCGUGGAAAACGGAGGCCACCGUCGUGUUCUUCCAAGUGACCAUGGCUGGCAUAGUCGUCCCGCAGGGAUGGGACAAGUGGAACUCCGCCCAAGACGUGUCACGAGUGACGUAUGCGGAAGUUGGAUGCAGAGGGCCCGGAUCCUACACUGCCGAGAGAGUGCCAUGGGAGAAGCACCUGAGCUACAGAGAGGUGCAGCGAUUCGUGGACAUCAGGUUCAUCGACGACGGUUGGCUAUCCAACCAACCGUGGUAG